UAAAGGAAGCUGAGCGCUCCACAUCACACGAUUGGCGAGCGAUGCGCGCGAGCGGCGGCGCGAGCCCACGACCCGCACCACCGAAGCGCUCCGCCCCUCCGACCACCACCAAACUACCAGUACCCGCCUCCUCCUCGCUCGCCAUGCCGGCACCUCGCCUCGCCCACCUCCGCCGCCUACUCUCGCUCCACUCCCCGCCUCCUCACCCGCUCGCCCCCAGCCCCGUCCGCCCCCUGCUCCCCUCCUCCAUCCUCCCCCGCGCCAUGGCCGGCGCCGCGCAGGCAGGUGCGGCGACAGGGUCGGCGGAGUACGAGGAGGUGCUGGGGUGCCUGGCGUCGCUGAUCAAGCAGAAGGUGCGCGCGGACACCGGCAACCGCGGCAACCAGUGGGAGCUCAUGGCCAAGUACCUGCAGAUACUGGAGCUGGAGGAGCCCAUCGCGCGGCUGAAGGUGGUUCACGUCGCUGGGACCAAAGGGAAGGGUUCAACAUGCACAUUUGCCGAGUCAAUUCUUCGAUCAUGUGGUUUCCGCACUGGACUUUUCACCUCUCCACACUUGAUCGAUGUCCGUGAGCGGUUUCGACUUGAUGGGCUGGACAUUUCAGAAGAAAAGUUUAUUAGGUAUUUCUGGUGGUGCUGGAACAAAUUGAAGGUCAAAACUGGUGAUGAUAUUCCAAUGCCAGCCUACUUUAGGUUCCUUGCGCUGCUAGCAUUCAAGAUUUUUUCAGAUGAGCAGGUGGAUGUAGCUGUGCUGGAGGUCGGUUUGGGAGGGAAAUAUGAUGCAACAAAUGUGGUAAAAGCACCUGUAGUUUGUGGGAUAUCUUCCCUCGGAUACGAUCACAUGGAAAUUCUUGGAAAUUCACUUGUAGAAAUUGCUGGGGAGAAGGCUGGAAUAGUGAAGAAGGGAGUUCCAGCCUAUACAGUUCCACAACCAGAGGAGGCAAUGUCUGUACUGAAGCAGAGAGCUUCUGAAUUGGGUGUUUCUAUCCGAAUAGUUCCACCUUUGGACCCACGGCAAUUAGAAGAUCAACCUCUUGGGCUGCAUGGUGAGCACCAGUACAUGAAUGCAGGCCUUGCAGUUGCAUUGGCUAAUACCUGGCUUGAGAGGCAAGGACAUUUGGACAUAAUACAUGUCAAAGAUCAUGGCACCUUACCAGAUCAGUUCAUCAAAGGGCUAUCAAUUGCUUGUUUACAAGGCCGAGCACAGAUUGUCCCAGAUCUACAAGUGAGCUCAGAAUGUAAGGACGCCAGUUGUCCCUUAGUUUUCUAUUUGGACGGGGCACAUAGCCCAGAAAGUAUGGAAAUAUGCGCAAAGUGGUUUUCCCAUGUUACGAAAAAGGAUACAGCACAACCAGGUCCUUUGGAGCAGCCUCGUAGUGGUAUCAAUUCUAAGAAGGUAUGCUAUGCCUUGCAGUGGCAGCCUUUCGGAUUAAAGCAAUGUUUAAAUGGUCUCUCUCUCUCUCUCUCACACACACACACUCUUGUGGGAUGCUUUCAGAUUCUCCUGUUCAAUUGCAUGUCAGUAAGAGAUCCUCAGAUAUUGCUUCCACGUCUUCUAGAUACAUGUGCUCAGAAAGGCCUCCACUUUGAUCAGGCCUUAUUUGUGCCAAACCAAUCGCAAUAUAACAAGCUUGGUUCGCAUGCAUCACCACCUCCAGGGAGAGAGCAAAUUGAUUUGUCAUGGCAAUUGUCGCUCCAAACAGUCUGGGAAGACUUGCUUCGCGGCAAGAAAGGUCUAAAUGGCACAAGUUCUAGCGGGGCUAGUUUAGUUUUUGAAUCUCUUCCAUCAGCAAUUAAGUGGCUAAGGGAAACUUCUCAACAAAACCAAUCUACUUCAUGGCAGGUCUUGGUUACUGGCUCCCUUCAUCUCGUUGGUGAUGUCUUAAGAUUGAUUAAGAUCUGAUUCUCCUUGCGUCUCGUUGGUGAUGUCUCGAGAUUUAUCAAGUAAAUUUGGUUGGAAUACAAGGUUCAGAUUGAAGUGUCUGUUUACUAGACCACCAUACACCGGAGCCUAUCGUUAUUUAUGAUUGGCAUCCACAAUACAACUACCUGGCUGAAGAAUGAGAGACUUGAAGGCCAUUUUAUUCUGACGUGGACUAAGCGCAAAUAUGUUGUACUACCUCAUUUUUUGUUUCUGCCUAUGUGGGCGCUUGUACAACACUGUAGCCCAUUUUUGUUCAAAUAUAUUCGCUCUGUUUUGGAGUGUACAGACAGCAAACUAUAUUAUGAUAUGAAUAACCAUGCAAAAUUUCAAACU